CGCCACGUCCGAGGCAGUUGAAACGUCCCGUGUUAAGUGUCCCAGUCCAAGUCGCAAUGGUCUCUAGCGCUGGAGAAGGCGGAAGCACCACUGGCAACCUCCAGGUGCCAUCGGCAGCCUACAUGGAGGUUUUGUCACCCCGCGUCCCGAGCUCCGGCGCCAGUUCGCGGGCUUUGAACCUUCGUCGCCGCAAAAUCGAGAUUGAGAUCGUCGAAGGUGCUCGCAAGGGCCCGACGUGGCAAUUCCCGGGCUCUGGCUCCUCGGAGCACGUGCAAGUGCCGCAAGGCGAACUGACCGAGAUCCAGGAGGAACUGGACCAACCCAAGAAGUUGCUGGGCCAAUUGCCAGCCACUUCCAUCUCGGGCAAUGACAUUCUGUCCAGCGUUCUCUACUCGGCGUCGUCGGUGGCUGCCAAGGCCGGCAAACUCAUGCCCAUCCCUCUCCUCAUGGUCUCCACUGUGCUCUUCUUCUUCCGCUUCAUUUAUGAAGAAGUGGUCACUGCCAUCCCUAUGAAUGGCGGUACCUACAACGCGCUCUUGAACACGACAUCGAAGCGCACGGCUGCAGUGGCCGCCUGCCUCAGUAUCCUUUCGUACAUUGCAACGGGUGUCGUCUCGGCAACUUCAGGUGUUCGCUAUCUGAACAACCAGAUCGACAUUCCUAUUGUCGGAUCGACCAUCAUUCUGCUCGGAGCGUUUGCGGUUUUGGCAGUGAUCGGGAUCACCGAGAGCUCACGUGUUGCCGUCGUCAUCUUUCUGCACCACAUCGUCGUGCUCCUCAUCCUCUUCGUGUCCUGCGUCGUCUACGGCAUCAACCACCCUCAUAUUUUCCGUGACAACAUGCACGCCGGCUACCCGGAGGUGGAUUUCGCGGGCUCCAUGCUGGACGGCAACGUUUUCACGGCCAUUUUCUUCGGUUUUGGAGCUUCCAUGCUUGGUAUCACUGGCUUUGAGUCCUCUUCCAACUACGUUGAGGAGCAAAAGCCCGGCGUCUUCCGUCAAACUCUACGCAACAUGUGGGCGCUCGUCACGUUCUUCAACGUCGGUCUAGGCACCGGCAUCCUCGCCGUGUUGCCGCUCGAAGGUAAAGGUGGCAUCUACGAUAGUUCCGAUGAUCUAUUGGCCAUGGUCGGGCGUGAGUCUGUGGGGAGCUGGUUCGAGUCGUGGAUCUGUGUGGACGCCUUUGUUGUCCUGUCCGGUGCAGUCCUGACGUCCUACGUCGGUAUCUGCGGUCUUGUGCGUCGUCUAUCAACCGACCGUGUGCUGCCGGCCUUCCUGGCCAAAACCAACAAGCUGCGUGGCACAAACCACUACAUUAUCGGCAUCUACUUCUUGCUCUCGUCGAGUCUCGUGCUCAUUCUGAACGCUGAUGCCACUACGGUGAACGGAGUGUACACGUACGCGUUCCUGGGUCUGAUGGCCAUGUUUUCGUGCGCCUGCAUGUUGCUGAAGGGCAAACGCUCCGAGAUCCCGCGUGACAUCCACGCUCCGUGGGCUGCGGUUAUCAUCGGCUUUAUCCUGGUUGUUGUUGCCAUUUUCGCCAACUUGCUGGGCGAUCCGUCGGUGCUCAUGUACUUCGCCAUCUACUUCAUCGUCGUCAUGUUCGCCAUGUUCAUCAUGUUCGAGCGCGUGACCAUUUUGCGUUGCAUGCUGGUUAUGCUCAAGAAGAUGGCGCCGUCUCGAUAUGGCAAGGCGGCUGCAGUCGGUUUGACAACUGGCAACUCGGAAGUGGAGCACACUGGUGCGCGUGGAGGACGCACUAUUGCACGCACUAUUGUGAGCAUACGCAACGCUCCCAUUGUCUUCUUCUGCAAGGUGCCCGACCUGACUAUUAUCAACAAGGCCAUCAUCUACGUGCGUCGUAACGAACAGACCCACACGCUGCGCAUUGUGCACGUGUUCACGGACGAAGAGGCCGAUGCACCGGUGCUCACAGCGUUCCGUGAGAUGGCUGCGUUGUUUGACAGCAUGUACCCGAAGAUCCGAGUGGACUUCGUGUCGGUGCAAGGUGAGUUCUGUCCGGCGAUGAUCGAGUGGUUGUCGCGCUCGAUGAAUGUGCCACGCAACAUGAUGUUUAUCACGCAACCCGAUUUGAUCUCGGCCGAGCGUGUAUCGACGGCCGGCGUGCGUGUCAUCACGGCAUGAUUCAAGUAUUGAGUAUCAUGUGAAUACAAUUACUUUUGAAGUAAUAGUUUUUCUUUUUUUGUUCGGAUUUUUAU